CUGCACGUACGGACAGGUGAGCAGAACCAACAGGUGGCGCUGGACAGACCCAACGAUGCUGUCACAGCCUACGAGGAACAACACGGAGGGCCGGGUAAAGGUGGCGGAGAAGACCCCGCCAAGUCCACCGAGGAGCAGCAGGACCGGACCCGACCCCAGAUCCUGUCCGGUUCGGGCUUCUGCAAGUGGUUCAACGUCCGAAUGGGCUUUGGAUUUAUCUCAAUGACCAACAGCGAGGGAAGCCCGGUCGACCCCCCUCUGGAUGUUUUCGUCCACCAAAGCAAAUUGGUGAUGGAGGGUUUCCGCAGCUUGAAGGAGGGUGAGCAGGUGGAGUUCACCUAUAAGAAAUCUUCCAAGGGCCUGGAGUCUUUGCGGGUGACCGGACCUGGUGGAGGACCCUGUGCAGGCAGCGAGAGGAGACCUAAAGGGAAGGUCCCACUCCAGAAACGCAAACCAAAGGGAGACCGCUGUUAUAACUGUGGAGGUUUGGAUCACCAUGCCAAGGAGUGUGGCCUGCCCCCCCAGCCAAAGAAAUGCCACUACUGCCAGAGCAUCACGCACAUGGUGGCUCAGUGCCCCCACAAGGCGCCCGCGCUGGCCACAGGCUCUCAGGAUCAACACGCGUCUACCUCGGCCUCCGGCCCGGGGACCGGGCCCUACCUCUGCCCCCCCGAGGAGGAGGAGCGCUCCAGCUCCUCUCCCCUGGAGGGCUCCUCCUCCUCCCCCGAGGAGCCCCACACACAGCGUGGCCCCCGGCCGCAGAGGUGGAGGAAAUCCUGA